CCAUUUUAUGUUUCAUAGCCGCUUUGUUGUGAGGAGAAAGCAGUCACGGCAGCUGCAGAAUUUGUGUAACUUAAAAAAACAGACGCGGUUCUUUGAUUAAUUAUCACCCAGCAAUACGCAGACCAAUGCAAGUACUGUACUGAACACUAUCCGGGGUGCGGAAACGCAGAGAUAGGGGUUAGCUACUUAGCCUGCCUGUGAACGUGUUCGGUGGCUGCAGAACGACAAGAGGCGAGUCUCUCAUCGUCGCACAUUUCUCCCUCUGCAACUGUGAUCAACCAGAAGACACAUUGACGACCACCGUGCAAGACACCAAGACUGAGGAGAUGGCGACCUCAGUGGGAAACGUGGCUGACAGCACAGGGUUGGCUGAGCUGGCGCACCGGGAGUAUCAGUCAGGAGACUUUGAGGCAGCUGAGCGCCACUGCAUGCAGCUAUGGAGGCAGGAGCCUGAUAACACAGGCGUGCUGCUGCUCCUGUCCUCCAUCCACUUCCAGUGCCGAAGGCUUGACAGGUCUGCUCACUUCAGCACCUUGGCCAUCAAACAGAACCCAAUGUUGGCUGAGGCCUACUCCAACCUAGGGAAUGUAUACAAGGAGCGCGGGCAGCUGCAGGAGGCCAUCGAGCAUUACCGUCACGCUCUGAGGCUGAAGCCAGACUUCAUAGAUGGAUACAUCAACUUGGCAGCAGCUCUGGUGGCCGCGGGGGACAUGGAGGGAGCAGUGCAGGCUUACGUCUCUGCUUUACAGUAUAACCCGGACCUUUACUGUGUGCGAAGUGACUUGGGGAACUUGCUCAAAGCUCUUGGGCGUUUGGAAGAGGCUAAGGUACGUAACGCUGGGUUGACACUCGCAUAGAUGUCUUGUUUGUCGUCUUUUGUGUUAUUUGGUUCCCCCCUCUCUAUAAAUCUUUUUUUAGUCUCCCCCCUCCAGAAAGCCAUAGAUGGUGUUCUUUUUCCACACUUUUUACAUUUUUCAGCCAAUUUGAGUCCUUUCCCUUCAGACCCUCUUGGCCAAGUAAAGAGCAGAGACUGGUAGCUUUUACUCAUUUUUCAGAGUUCUGCAGGAGUGAUCUUUUCACGACCUGCUUACUAAAUACCUUUUUAAAGUAUUGGACUUGAAUUAGCGUUUUGUAUUUUUAUAAACAUUUUUAAAUAUUACAAACUUUUCAGUUGAUUACUUUUUAGACAGCUUCAUGUGUUUUGAUUUUUUUUUAGCAUAGGUCGCUAAACACAUUUGUCCCCAUCAUGUACUCAGUCUUAAUCCUAUUGUCUUUUUUGCGUCACCUCGACCUUUUUAUUAGAGGUCAGCCCCUCCCCCUCCAGGAAGAAAGGCUGGAGCUUUUAAUUUGAAGUUUUAAAUAUGUAAAUUUAUUUGUGGACCUCGGCCCAUGCAUUUUCAUAUAGUUGACUUUGGAGGGAAAAUGCUGGCUCGGCCUUUGAAGAAUAUAUGAACUGAUGCGACUCUAGUUUAUCUUUGCAGUGCAAAAGAUAAGAUGGUUUCUAACCUAACCAAUGCUCCAGUAUUAUCAUUGAGCGCCCAAUGACAAACUUUAGGAGUCAGCUCACUGUUGGUACAUUAACUACCAAUGUGGCUGUUUGAGUGUAACUCUUCCCCUUUCCAUUGAUUAACGUGUCCAUUUUGACGGGGGCUUCCUGGGUUGGGGGAAAUCUGGAGAUGUGGAGUCGUUCCACUGGUUACAGGCCAUCUUAUGUUGUGCUUCAGGGGGGGUUAAGGAGUGGGGAGGAGCAUCAGGGAGUCACGAUCUCCCUGCUCUGUCGCUCCACCCCCCGCGCGCUUGCUAAGGAUUGGUGGAGUGCGCGUGCUAAGAGCUGUCUUCCUGACCGUUCAGUUAGUGCCAUAUACACCUAGACGGGGCUCCUUGUGCACAAUCAUAAUGUUUUGUCUUCUGACAGUUAAUUAUAACAACUUUACCAGCUGGUUAUCUAUUCUGAUAACCACUGCUGUUGAAUAGGGUCUUUUAAAACGGGUGGGUCUAAUAUAGCUCAUUCUUAAGUGCCUUAUAAUGGUCCAAGUUGCGCCUGGCAGACAGCUCCCAAUCUGCAUUCCACCGCCUGCGUCAGAUGCUGGUUUAGAAAGACAGAUGCACGCGCAGCAACAGCGUUGACCUCUUUAUUUCAGAUCUGUGGAGGCUUCUAGAAACUUCUAGAAAAGAAUAAUUACACCACAGACUUCUCUCCCUAUCUCAUUGGCCAGGAUUCAAGAAAGCAGGCCAGGAUAAAGAAAUCAAAGCUUUAAAGAUGAAACUGCUCAAAGAAAACAGCAAUGAUUGAUCCGUCUUCCCUUUUAUGUAAUAUCACUCCCAAAGAAAUGGGAUCAGUUCAUUUGGGCAAGAUCAAGCCAGUAACUGCCCUCCUGUAGUUUGAUAUGAAAAUUGAAUCCAAGUACAUCUCUAUCCUGACAAACUGAGAAACUGAACCAAUCAAAGCCUUUCUUCCCUCCCAGUUGCCCAUAGAGCUUGUUUUUGUUUUUCUUUAACUGGAAACAUUCAUUGCAUGAAUGAAAACCAAGAAUAUUUUUUUGUGUUUGAUGUGAUUUGGAAGAAGCUGUGUUAUAAUUCCAUCAUAAGAAAAUAAUGUAUUGUUUGAAAACUUUUACUAACGAUCUUGUUUUCUGAUUUUGUCUCUUUUGGUUUUUCCACAACUGAUAUUGUUAUUUAGAAGGUUUCAGGUGGGUGACACUAUUCCUGCCUAGGUGCCUGGCGGAAAGGAACACUAGGGCAACCUCAAUCCUCUCCUCUUCAGCCAGCCAGCUGCGGCCACCACUCUGACAAAGUCCAAAAAUAUGGCUUGUUACCUGAAAGCCAUUGAGACUCAACCCAACUUUGCAGUCGCUUGGAGCAACCUGGGCUGUGUGUUUAACGCUCAGGGAGAGAUCUGGUUGGCAAUACACCAUUUUGAAAAGGCAGUGACUCUGGACCCAAAUUUCCUUGAUGCAUACAUCAAUUUAGGAAACGUUUUGAAGGAAGCUCGUAUCUUUGACAGAGCUGUGGCUGGAUACUUGAGAGCUCUCAGUCUAAGCCCCAACCAUGCAGUUGUCCAUGGAAACCUGGCCUGCGUCUACUAUGAACAAGGCCUCAUUGACCUGGCAAUUGACACCUACCGCCGGGCUAUUGAAUUGCAGCCCCAUUUCCCUGAUGCUUACUGCAAUUUGGCAAAUGCCCUCAAGGAGAAAGGCAAUGUAUCUGAAGCAGAAGAGUGCUACAACACAGCCUUGCGCUUGUGUCCAACUCAUGCAGACUCCCUUAACAACUUGGCCAACAUCAAGCGGGAGCAGGGCAACAUUGAGGAGGCAGUUCAGCUCUACAGGAAAGCCCUGGAGGUGUUCCCUGAGUUUGCAGCAGCUCACUCAAACCUGGCCAGUGUCCUGCAGCAGCAAGGCAAACUCGCGGAGGCCCUCAUGCACUACAAGGAGGCUAUCAGAAUCAGCCCCACAUUUGCAGAUGCGUACUCCAACAUGGGAAACACACUGAAGGAAAUGCAAGAUGUACAGGGAGCUCUCCAGUGCUACACCCGUGCCAUCCAAAUCAACCCUGCCUUUGCAGAUGCUCAUAGCAAUUUGGCCUCAAUCCACAAGGAUUCUGGAAACAUCCCAGAGGCGAUUGCAUCUUACCGCACAGCCUUGAAACUCAAGCCGGACUUCCCUGAUGCUUACUGCAACCUGGCACAUUGCCUCCAGAUUGUUUGCGACUGGACAGAUUAUGACGAGCGCAUGAAGAAGCUUGUGAGCAUUGUGGCCGACCAGCUGGAUAAGAACCGCUUGCCUUCAGUGCACCCGCACCACAGCAUGCUGUACCCUCUCUCUCAUGGUUUCCGCAAGGCCAUUGCCGAACGCCAUGGAAACCUUUGCCUGGACAAGGUACACGCAAUGAUCAAAAUUAAUGCACUGCACAAACCUGCUUUUGAGCAUCCAAAGGAUCUGAAAGCCAGCAGUGGGCGUCUGCGUGUUGGCUACGUCAGCUCUGACUUUGGCAACCAUCCUACUUCUCACCUGAUGCAGUCUAUUCCUGGAAUGCACAAUCCAGAGAAAUUUGAGGUGUUCUGCUAUGCACUCAGCCCUGAUGAUAGCACCAACUUCCGUGUGAAGGUGGUAGCUGAGGCUCAUCAUUUCACAGACCUGUCACAGAUUCCUUGCAAUGGUAAGGCAGCUGAUCGUAUUCACCAGGAUGGAGUCCACAUCCUGGUCAACAUGAACGGAUACACUAAGGGAGCUAGGAAUGAGCUGUUUGCCCUCCGUCCUGCCCCCAUUCAGGCCAUGUGGCUGGGUUACCCUGGAACCAGCGGGGCUCCCUUCAUGGACUACAUUGUCUCUGACAAAGAGACGUCGCCCCUGGAAGUAGCUGAGCAGUAUUCUGAGAAACUGGCUUACAUGCCACACACUUUCUUCAUUGGAGACCAUGCCAACAUGUUCCCUCACCUCAAGAAAAAAGCAGUGAUUGAUUUCAAGUCUAAUGGACACAUCUUUGACAACCGCAUUGUUCUCAAUGGUAUUGAUCUGAAGGCCUUCUUGGACAGUCUGCCGGAUGUGAAAGUGAUAAAGAUGAAGUGCGACAACAACCAAGAUGCUGCUGGGGACACUAAUGGAGCUCUGUCCAUGCCUGUGAUUCCGAUGAACACAGCAGCUGAAGCAAUCAUCAACAUGAUCAACCAAGGCCAGAUCCAGGUCACGAUCAAUGGAUUCACUGUCAGCAAUGGCCUCGCCACAACCCAGAUCAACAACAAAGCUGCCACUGGAGAGGAGGUUCCACGCACAAUCGUGGUGACAACACGGUCCCAGUAUGGUCUCCCAGAGGACUCCAUUGUCUACUGCAACUUUAACCAGCUCUACAAGAUUGACCCCCCCACUCUUCAGAUGUGGGUUAAUAUCCUGAAGCGUGUGCCCAACAGUGUGCUGUGGCUUCUUCGUUUUCCUGCUGUGGGUGAGCCCAACAUCCAGCAGUAUGCUCAGAACAUGGGUCUGCCUGGCUCUCGCAUCAUCUUCUCUCCCGUGGCCCCAAAAGAGGAGCACGUCAGAAGGGGCCAGCUGGCUGAUGUAUGCCUAGACACUCCUUUAUGCAACGGUCACACCACAGGCAUGGACGUCCUCUGGGCUGGGACGCCCAUGGUCACCAUGCCAGGUGAGACCCUUGCUUCCCGUGUGGCCGCCUCGCAACUACGCUGUCUGGGCUGCCCUGAACUCAUAGCCCUGAGUCGCCAGGACUACGAGGACAUUGCAGUCAAACUGGGUUCUGACAUGGAAUACCUGAAGAUGAUGAGGGCCCGUGUUUGGAAGCAACGGAUCUGCAGCCCUCUUUUCAACACCAAGCAGUACACGAUAGACCUGGAGAGGCUCUAUCUGCAGAUGUGGGAGCACCACAGCAAUGGCAACAAGCCAGAAAUCCUGAUCAAUGCAGUAGAAGCAAGUGAAAAUUCCUGAACUGGAAGUACGCAGAGUGAUUUUUACUACCACCCAAACCAUGUCCAGCCAUCCUCAUCCCUUUUGUUUUAAAACAUUUUCUGCACCAUAUUCUGGAAUGGUCUGUUUUCUCAGCAGCCCCUUUCCCUGAAUGAUGGCCUCCACCUCUCAUUUAAUGGAACUCUUUAUUUGUGAAAGAGCCAAAAGAUGUCCACACCUCCCCCCCUGAACACAUCCACCAUUGCAUCACACACCUGCAUUUUUGAGCCAGGUACAGCCUGAGUCUGUCAGGCAGCUCAUCUGAGACUCUAUCCCUAAGAAACAGUAUAUUUGGUGAGCAUGAGAGGAAUGUGAAUACCCUGCUUACCUCUUCACUUCUUGAUCCGUGGAUUUCUUUUUUUCUCGUCAGUGUGCAUACAAGACUUGUUACAGCUUGUGGAGAGAACGCCCCGCCAUCAUUACUUGUUGAUCUAUUUAUAAAUGGAUUAAGAGUGUUGUGUUUUAAAAGGACAAUGUUGCACCAUGAAAAUUGUAACUGACUUCAGUUUCAUCAGCUUUAACAUGCUAUUGUAAAACAUAGGUUGCAACUGCUCUUUAGUUUGUCUUAAAAUGUUAUUAAAUUACUCCAGUGAAUAGAUGUGCAAGUUUUGAGGAAUAUGGUCUAGAUGAUGUCUCCCCUUCACGAAAUGCCAACUUUUUUUGGAUUUGUUUUGCUAAACAAGGAAUCUGUUCAGUAGCUGUCGUCCCGUUUGAUGUCACACUAAGCUUGUAAACAUUCUUGGACAGAGCUGGACAGUAGCUUCAAUUAAUUGUAAAAAGGCCUAAAUCUCAGUUUUGGCCCUUUAAAUUUCAGAGCUGCACACAAAAAUUGAUCUUGUUUUUUAAAUCACUUAAACCAGGAUCGGUCUAGGUAAGUAUUUUCUAUGCGUUUUUCUUUUUGUAUUGUCCAUUUACUGUAUGCUGUCAACAAUGCCACAAGGCUCCAGAUAUUAUGAAAAAUAAAGAGAUGGCAAAACUCUG